UAGGGACACGCGAACUUGGUUAGGAUGGUCAGCAUAGCGUGGAAGAUUUUGCGGCUGCGUGUUGCGAAUAAAAUUGAACGAAAUGGCGAUGGGGAUUGAUUUAAAUAAGGCGGAACAAAAUGGUUAAAACUGCGAGUCCUCUUUGUGUCCGGUGGACGAGCGAUUCUUGGGAGUUCGGUUGUCAGUUCAGGAGCAGACCGGAAGUGAGGUAAAAUAACGAUACCUGAUCAUGCCGAGGGUCGUAAAAAGUCGUUGGGUCCUUUUUUGGAUUAUUUUUGGAAAAAUGGUCGCUGCCGAGAACGAGGCUCCUGCGAGGCAGGAGGAAGGUAAUAAGAAACUUGAUUUGUGGACCAGUCAUCCGGAAGUGACGCAAGCAUCCUCAGUUCAGGGCGUCGGGACGCCAUCGUUAUCGGCCUCGAGUUACUAUAUGCCUGGGCUCUAUCAACCUCAAUUGAGAAGGGAAUACUUUCCUUAUCAUUUUGAAAACACUGGAUACAACUUUCACGUCGCCCAGCAUCCCGCCGAACACUCGCUGGCUCCUACCGCCAAACACUUUGUUAUCGUCGGCUUCAUUGGUCUGCUGCUUCUCUUUGCGAUUCUACAAAAUUCCAUAGUGGCCGCCAAACGCAAGGACGUGCUUAUCGACCUUCUGUCGACGAGAAGGAAGAGGGAUCUGAUAAGGACGAGUGGAUUAGAGCCUACGACUCCUUUCGUGACGAUGAUUACAGCUGACACUUUGACUUUGCACCAUGCGAUCCACGAGGCUAAUUUUCAAACACCAAGUCACCGGCUAUCCGUUAUCACUGUAAAUGGAAGACGAGAUUGCUUCGACCUAUAAGCUACCUUUAAGUAACCAGAUUUUACAUGGAAAUCGUACUGAUCGGAAUAUACAAAUUUUACGCAGAAUCCGGCAGAGAGAGAAAUCUUGAACGACGACGCCCGAGUGCGUUGCAUACAAAAAAUCGUGUGCCUUCAAAAUCGCCAAUUGAUUCGAGAACUUGGAAACGCUGGAAAACAAAUAGCCGAUUAUUUAACGUAAGUAAUGAGGAUAUGAAUUUGUGUAAAAAAAUUUUUCAAAAAUAUUUUUUCAAAAAUUCUAAUUUUAUAUUUUACAAUAAAUACGUAGCAGAAACGUCGAGAGAUCCUUGGAUAGAUCUUCGGGAUGGGAUCGUCUGGUAAGGGAUGCAGGAUCAUCGGGAUUACGUGGAGAUGACUGCGAGGUCCUUUACAGAGAUUGUUAUUCGCGUCCGGA